CUGUGAGGGAGGCUGAGGGGACUGGGAUUGUUCAGCCUGGAGAAGCUCUAGGGAGACCCUAAACCGCUUCCGGUGUCUAAAGACAGUCUGUAAUAAAAAUGGGGACGGACUUUUUAGCAGCACCUGUUGCGAUAAGACUGGGGAUAAUGGUUUUAAACUGGAGCUAGAUCGGUUUAGAUUAAGUAUAAACAAAAAAAUGUUUACCGUGAGGGUGUUAAAACACCGGAACAAGUUGCUGAGGGAGGUAGUGGAAACAUUCAGUGUCAGGCUGGACCAGGCUCUGAGCAUCUAAGCCGUCUAAGAUGUCCCUGCUCGUGGCAGUGGGGGUGAUCCGGUGCCCGAUCUGCCGCCAGGAGUGCCGGCAGAUUGACCUGGUGGACAACUACUUUGUGAAGGACACCUCAGAGAGCCCCAGCAGCUCCGACGAGAAGUCAGAACAGGUGUGUACCAGCUGCGAGGACAAUGCCAGUGCCGUGGGUUUCUGUGUGGAAUGUGGGGAAUGGCUGUGUAAGACCUGCAUAGAAGCUCACCAGCGAGUAAAGUUUACUAAAGAUCACAUGAUCAGGAAAAAAGAGGAUGUGUCAUCAGAGGCCGUGGGAGCAUCUGGUCAACGUCCUGUUUUCUGCCCUGUCCACAAACAAGAGCAGUUAAAACUUUUCUGUGAAACCUGUGACAGGCUGACAUGCAGAGACUGUCAGUUAUUGGAACACAAAGAACACAGGUACCAGUUCCUGGAAGAAGCUUUUCAGAACCAGAAGGGUGCAAUUGAGAACCUGUUGGUCAAACUUCUUGAGAAGAAGAAUUAUGUAAAUUUUGCAGCUGCCCAAGUUCAAAAUAGGAUAAAAGAAGUAAAUGAAACCAACAAACGAGUAGAACAGGAAAUCAAAGUGGCUAUAUUCACCCUCAUCAAUGAAAUCAAUAAAAAGGGAAAAUCUCUCCUACAGCACCUUGAGAAUGUAACAAAGGAGAGACAGAUGAAGUUGAUACAGCAGCAGAAUGACAUCACUGGUCUGUCACGACAAGUGAAGCAUGUGAUGAACUUCACUAACUGGGCGAUCGCGAGCGGCAGCAGCACUGCCCUGCUCUACAGCAAGCGCCUGAUAACGUUCCAGCUGCGGCACAUCCUGAAGGCCCGGUGCGAUCCCGUCCCAGCUGCCAAUGGAGCCAUCCGCUUCCAUUGUGACCCCACCUUCUGGGCUAAGAAUGUUGUCAAUUUGGGUAACUUGGUCAUUGAAAAUAAACCAACCCCUAGUUACACUCCCAAUGUAGUGGUUGGGCAAACUCCUCCAGGAACAAACCACGUCAACAAAGCUCCAGGACAAAUCAAUCUGGCCCAGCUUCGACUGCAGCACAUGCAGCAGCAAGUGUAUGCCCAAAAACACCAGCAGCUGCAGCAGAUGAGAAUGGCCCAGCCAUCUGCAUCCGUGCCCAGGCAGAGCAGCCCCCAAGUCCUGCAGCAGCAGCCUCCCAGGUUGAUCAGCAUGCAGACCAUGCAGAGGGGUAACAUGAACUGUGGGGCUUUCCAAGCACAUCAGAUGAGAAUGGCUCAGAAUGCUGCUCGUAUACCAGGAAUCCCACGCCACAAUGGACCUCAAUACUCCAUGAUGCAACCUCACCUUCAAAGACAACACUCCAACCCCGGCCACGCGGGGCCCUUCCCGGUGGUCUCCGUGCACAACACCACCAUCAACCCCACCAGCCCCACCACAGCCACCAUGGCCAGCGCCAACCGCGGCCCCACCAGCCCGUCCGUGUCGGCCAUCGAGCUCAUCCCGUCCGUCACCAACCCGGAGAACCUGCCCUCCCUGCCGGACAUCCCUCCCAUCCAGCUGGAAGAUGCUGGUUCCAGCAGUUUAGAUAAUCUGCUAAGUAGAUACAUCACAGGCAGCCACCUCCCACCACAGCCUACAAGCACCAUGAAUCCCUCCCCAGGACCUUCAGCUCUGUCUCCAGGAUCAUCAGGUUUAUCCAACUCCCACACUCCCGUGAGGCCCCCCAGCACCUCCAGCACAGGCAGCAGAGGAAGCUGUGGCUCCUCAGGCAGAGGCUUCAAGGCUGACCAAGUGAAAGUAAAGCAAGAGCCAGGCACAGAGGAAGAGAUCUGCAGUUUCUCAGGAACAGUAAAGCAGGAAAAAACAGAGGAUGGCAGAAGAAGUGCUUGCAUGCUCAGCAGCCCUGAGAGCAGCUUGACACCACCACUGUCCACUAACUUACACCUGGAGAGUGAACUGGAAGCUUUGGGAAGCCUGGAAAACCAUGUGAAGACAGAGCCAGCAGAUCUGAGUGAGAGCUGCAAACAGUCUGGGCACAGUCUGGUGAACGGGAAAUCACCGGUGCGGAGCCUCAUGCACCGCUCGGCCCGAGUGGCAGGAGAAGGGAAUAACAAGGAUGACGACCCCAAUGAGGACUGGUGUGCUGUGUGCCAGAACGGGGGGGACCUGCUGUGCUGUGAGAAGUGCCCCAAGGUGUUCCACCUCACCUGUCACGUCCCCACACUCCUCAGCUUCCCCAGUGGAGAGUGGAUAUGUACAUUCUGCAGAGACCUGAGCAAACCUGAAGUGGAGUAUGAUUGUGACAAUUCCCAGCACAGCAAGAAGGGGAAGACAGCACAAGGCCUGAGUCCUGUGGACCAAAGGAAAUGUGAACGCCUCCUGCUUUACCUGUACUGCCACGAGCUGAGCAUUGAGUUCCAAGAGCCAGUCCCAGCCUCGAUACCAAACUACUAUAAAAUCAUAAAGAAACCAAUGGAUUUAUCCACGGUGAAGAAGAAACUGCAGAAGAAGCAUUCCCAACACUACCAGACCCCCGAGGACUUUGUGGCUGAUGUCCGGUUGAUCUUCAAGAACUGUGAAAGGUUUAAUGAAAUGAUGAAAGUUGUUCAAGUUUAUGCAGAAACACAAGAGAUUAAUUUGAAGGCUGAUUCAGAAGUAGCACAGGCAGGGAAGGCAGUUGCAUUGUACUUUGAAGAUAAACUUACAGAGAUCUACUCAGACAGGACCUUCCAGCCUUUGCCUGAAUUUGAGCAGGAAGAGGAUGAUGGUGAAAUAACUGAGGACUCCGAUGAAGAUUUUAUACAACCACGUAGAAAACGCCUAAAAUCAGAUGAGAGACCAGUGCAUAUAAAGUAAUCUAAUGAUAUGGACCUAAAAUUUAUUGUAAAAACUGUUAUUUAAGUGUUUCUGGAAUAUUAUCAUGCCUACAGUGGCCAUCUUGAAGAAGCUGGUAGCUUUUUAAACAGUAUUAGAUAACAAACAACACUUGUACAGAAAAACAUUCGCAUCAAAAGGGGAAAAAAAACCUGUAUUGUAAAUUUUUGGUGGUUUGUAUUUUUUUUUCCCUCUAUUUCUUGCUAUAUUCUUUCUUUUCCUGAUGGAGAGGACACACUCAUCCUGGUCUCACAGACAGAGGUGGAGGAACGUUGAAGAGAAGCAGAUUUGGUAGGAGAUGUUCCAUGCACAGAUAAGACUGUGUAGUGACACGAUCUGCAGGACUGGACCCACUCAGUGACUGUAUCUUGUAUUACACUGCAGUGUAAACUGUGAGCAGAGCUCCUGAAAUCCCCUCUGUGUCCGCCCAAGUGUGUGUUGGUCGUUGCUUUGAUCAUCUCACUGAAGCAGGAUUGUGAAUAACUGAUCUUCUGUGUCGAUCCAACUGUUGCCAUUUUGCUUUCUUUACUCCAUUUUAUGUAGAGCGAAAGGAAAAAGAAAGAAAAAUCAUUAAACUGUUCUGAAUGGGCAAGUGCAGGAGUGUGAGGUUUUGGCAGAUGAAAGGCUAAGCUGGUGGCUCCAAUCCCUUUCAGUAGGACAAGGUGUAUUCAUUAAAGUCCUGUACCCAGAACAUUUUAAUGGCAUCCAUGGCAGAAGUCUCACCGUUGUCAUCUGUCCCUGACCCCCUGACGAGGCAGAAUGUUCUCUCCAGUAUUCAUUCUCUAGUUUUCUGUACUUAAAAUAUAGACUGAAGAGGUAAUAACUGGUUGGGGUGUUUUUCCAGUCUUCCUAAAUAUCAGUUUCUAAUAGACCACUUGGCAAACAAUAACGUAUUAACUACCAAAUGUGUAAAAUUUCCUGUAUUCACUUUGUCUUAUUUGUAAAUAGUGAAUUGAGAUUUCUUGCAGGUCAGCAACAUUUGCUGAACUGUUUUUAAGCUAAUAUGUAUUCUUAUUGAUUGUUCCUAUCAAGAAAAGAUUUGUAAUAUAUGCUAUUUCUAACAUUGCAUUCAUUUUGAGGUUCUGUCUUAUUUUUCUUAGAGUACUUCUCAGAACUUUCUUCAGAAGCAGCUUGUGAGGGAAAUGUGCAGGAAGAUUGGAAUCAGUCUGAGUUUGGGUUGCCUGUCCAUCCAUUGAACAAAGCACUUGCACAGGGUUUGGCCUUGAGUGGUUUCUGCUCAAAGAGUGAGAACAGAACAAUUUCCCAGUUCCCUCUACCCCCUGAGGCACCUCUGCAGUGUCUUCCCUUGCACUGCUCCAUCCCAGCAUUCCUGGUUAGAAAUCAUGGAAUCACAAGGAGUUACAGCUCGAGAAGUUGUUUUCUUUACUGACACAAGUCAGUACUAGAAAUAAAUACAAUUUCUGGCCUUCAUAUUGAUCUUGUUAAAGGAAGUUGAAGGAUUCAUGUAAUCAAUGAACUCGAGAUGGCAGAAUCUCAAUUUGCCAGAAUUUGUGUGGAUCCAGCAAUUCUUGGAGAGAUCCCUGGGGGUUUGGUGUACUCAGCAUAGCAAUUCCUGUGACACUGUACACGCUUUACCAUCCUGGUAAAGAGAACUGUUUUAGCACAAUAUCAAAUUGAGAAAUGCUCUCAGCAGUUUUUAUGCAAAUCACUGCAGAUUUGGUUUCUUUUAUAAGAACCAGGUCUGUGUACCUUGGGAUUCUCCCUCUUGCAAUAAAUGAGGGGACUGAAGAUGUUUGUAACUUCCAACUCAUUUCUUUACUCAAAUGUUACACUUCAAACUCAAAACUGGUUGGCUUUUUCUUUUUUUAAUUUCUCAGACAUUAACAGUACUGUUUUAAGUUUAUUUUUUGCCAGUUUGUAUGUGAAAGGAAAAUCAAUUCCACUUCAACAUAUUCAAUUGACAAAGAGCAACAACUUUGCCUGUGGAAAGGCUGACGUGUGAAUAGGACACUGGUAGUGACAAGGGAUCAUUUCAUGGCUCUGUGUAUUGCCUAUUUAUGCAUUUCUAGUUUCUCAGCUUCAUUUUGCAAAAGGAAUAUUAUUAAAAUUAUCAUGAAAAUAAGAUUCUGUGAACUCUCUUCA